GAGACAUGAAGGAGUGUAGUUCUCUGUGUCCGACCUCCUCCUCAACUAUCAUCUAAGGACAUACAGUUCCGUCUUAUGAUCGAUCCUUUUGUGUUGUACAUAAUCGUGUUAGAGUUGUGUGGAUAUUGUGUUAGAUUAUAAGAGUUUAUAAGGCUGAACAUUUGCUGAUAGCUGUCACUCUGCACCUGUUCUGGAGUUCAACGCAAGACGAUCACGCAAGAGUAAAUCAUGUUGGCUGAGUUGCUGCUAGGGUUGGCACUCCUCUACCUGCUGUGGUUUGCGAUCUUCAAAAAGCCUGAUGGGCUGCCACCAGGUCGAUGGGGUCUUCCGCUCGUUGGUUACAUACCACUCAACGGGAAACGCAUGGAUGAGCAAUUCAAAGAUCUCCAUAAACAACACGGAGACAUAUAUGUAUGGCGCAUGGGUACCCAGGUGAACGUUUUCCUGCACAGUUACCAGCUUAGCAGAGAAGCCCUCAGUAGUAGUGACUUUCUCGACCGCCCGAUAUGGGAACUGUUCAGAUUUCUGGAACCUGUUACCCUAGGUGUAAUUGGAAGCAACGGCAACAUCUGGCACAUCAACCGCCGAUUCAGCCUACGUCAACUCCGAGAUCAAGGCAUGGGCAAGUCCAGCUUGGUGUCCGCAGUCCAAAACCAAGCGAAUAAGUUGAUCGAGGCACUGAAGGGCCAAGCGAACAAGUCUGAACGCAUUCCUCGUGAUCUGAGGGUGGCUGUUAUCAACAUUAUCUGGCAUAUGGUUGCGAGCAAGCAGUUUGAAGUAACGGACCCCAAGCUGCAAGAAUUCAUAGAUAUUAUUGACGAUCUGACGCAAAAGUUCGGCCCAUUGGCAAUCCCCGAUUUUAUGCCAUGGAUUAAAUAUUGCCUUCCUGAUUUCCUCAUACGCCGCGUCUUCUCCGUCGAUAUACUUUACACUCUGAAGGACAAAUUCUUCGAUUAUUGCAAGGAACUGAUCGAGGAACACAAAUCUUCCUUGGAUCCUGAUAAUCCUAGGGACCUGAUGGACGGCUACCUUCUUGAUAUCGAGGCAUCGAAAGACAACCCAGACGGGGUUCGAACUGAGAGGGAUCUGUGUAUCCUUAUCUUGGACCUGUUCUUCGCCGGCAGUGAAACCACGGUCGGCACCCUCACCUUCAUGAUUUACUAUUUAGCCAAUUAUCCAGAAGUUCAGAAGAAGUUCCAGGCAGAGAUCGACGAGGUUCUGCCUAAAGGAACGCUCGCUACACUCGAAGACAGAAGCAGAAUGCCGUACACUGAGGCUGUCAUUCAUGAGGUUCUUCGGGUUUCUUCUUUGGCAUCAGUAGGCGUUCCGCAUGUUGCGGUGAGGGAUACUAAGCUGGGUGGAUACCUACUCCCAAAGGGAACGAUCGUAUCGACAGCCGCGGCCGCCAUGCACCACGACCCUCGCUACUGGAAUGAGCCGGAGAAGUUCAAGCCGGAACGUUGGCUCGACGACCAAGGGAAGUUUACGACCAAGAAGGAGGGCUUCCUUCCCUUCGGCGUUGGGAAGCGGGUGUGCGUCGGAGAGUCCCUGGCGCGCAUGGAACUCUUCAUCCUCUCCACCGCCCUGUUCCAGUCCCUGAGUGUGACCCCGCCGCCAGGGUCAAAGGUCGACGUGUCACCGGAUCCCAGCAAUCCUUUUGGUCACAACCCGAGGUCGGAGAAAGUCUGCUUCACCAUCCGCGAGUGAGGGAGAGAGAGAGAGAGAGAGAGAGAGAGAGAGAGAGAG